AUGAAUUACUCGGAAUAUUUACCAGGACAACCGAUAUCGGAUAAGUAUAGGACACUGAUUCAAGGUCAUUUCGGAAUACCAUUAAAAGAACUCUUUGGCGAUUCAUUGCAAUGGGGAGCUCUAACUUUGAUUGUGCUUCUUGGUCAACACCGCCGCUUCGAGGUUCUUGAUUUCUGUUAUCACCUGCAUCGUGUGCAGAAAGCCGAUUCUAAGGAUGAAGUGUGUAAUGGAAUUAGACUCAGCCGAAUGGUGGACAGAAUUCGGAGAUAUCAGCUUUUGAAUAACCAGAUUUUUAUAAUGUUGACGAAUCAACUGAAUGAGCAUAAUGAGGAUGAGCAUGAAAGAGUUCGCGAGUUCGCGCCGCCCGUUCACCCGAAUUACGUUAACAACGCUAAUCGCCGCUAA